ACGCGAUCCGCUAUUGACGACGCUUGAGUGAAAGAUGACCAAUGCGUAUUGAAAUGAAAAGUUAUUUAUUUGUAUUGCCAUUGUUCGCAGUGAUGCUCAGUGCUCACUGCUCGCGGUUGCAUGAAAAAGGCAACAAGUUAUAUUGUAACAUCCAAUAUUUUCAGUAACCAACACAGAUUUAUUUAUUAAACACAACAAUUUAUACAGACACUGUAUCAGUGUUUACAUGUUCAUGUAAACGUGGGGAUUUUUCCGUAUAUUUUUUACAUAGAGUCUGAUUUGUUGCCAUGCGACGCUACUUUUGGGAUAAUUUUGGUAGAGCAAAGGUUUCUCAACGAUUUUAGGUUCACAUAUAAUCAUUUAUUCGGCGGAUGUUGUUAUGAAUUCGUAUCAGUCACACUCUGUUUCGUCAGAGGUCACGAAGCUUAUCAAUAUUCAACGAAGAAAUUUAAUUCUCCAAAUUGUUCAUAUUUUUCAAUUUGAAUUGUCGACAAAACGCGACAACACUGAAAUCAUACACGAAUAUAAUUUCAAAAUGAAAUUUACUUGAAUGAUAACAUACAAACCGGCAGCAUAGUACAUAUGAGCCAUAGUAAUUCUAUACAAAUUUCUUUAUCUAUUUUAUAAUAAAACCACUAACUUGGACGAAUCCAACUCAGUAGUGUGAUGAUGCUAAAACGUCUAACAAGUGUCCAAUAAUUUCUUGUGAAAAAAAUAUGUUCAAGUUUGGUUCUAUAUUGUUUUUGCUUCACUUCGGUGCAUGGAUAGUAUCAAGUGAAAAUGUCGUUAACUCGACUGAGGACACCAUGAAGUUUGUGAAUGAUGCGCAGAGUAAAUUGAAAUUGGUAGAAAGUCCGAAUAUAAUAUUGGUGAUCGGAAAUUCGGGCUCUGGAAAGUCAACAUUUGUUCAUUACGUGGCCGGUGACAAUAGUAAAAUUUGGGCUGAGCAACCGGAAAAUGCCAACGAAAUGAAAAUUCGCGAUGAGCUAAUCACCGAUUUAGGCAAUUUCACCUCAUCAACGGUAUCACGAACACUCGUUCCCGAGCCAUGGAUUGACGAACAGCAAAUUGUAUGGUACGAUUUCCCCGGUUUUGGUGAUACGCGAAGUCGAACGGUUGAAAUUGCUACGUCAUUUCUUAUGAAAAGAGUCACCGAGAGUGCAUCAAAUAUCAAAGUAGUUUUGACCGUGAACUGUGGCUCAGUUACUGACGGCUAUGAUCGCACAGACUUCGAUAAUUUACUGUCAUCAGCCGUGCAACUCAUGAAAAAUGUCGACAAAUUCGAAAAUGCCGUUUCAUUAGUUGUAACAAAAGAACCACCACUGAUAGUACGUGGAAGGAAUAACAUUAUUGAUGUAUCGGAGGACAGUGUAAAAGAAAGGGUUGCCAAAUUCAUCAAGGACCAUCGUGUAACCUUGUCGACGAAAGGGUGGAAUGAAAUGCCAAAAAUUCAAUUGAUUAACUAUCUCCUGAAGCAAUCGAUAAACGAUAUUGAUUAUCCUAAAAUAUCAGUAUUCUGGCGUCCCGACGAUUUUGGGCCAUUAAGUAAUUUGACAAAAAUGAUUGACGGCCGCCAAUAUAUUCGUGAAUCAAUUGUGAAGCACACAACGUACGCGCAAAUUCAGCCAAAUGAUUUUGGUUUUCCACUGACACCCGAUGCGCAGCUUCAUAUCCUGCAAAUGAUAGAACAAACGGUUUCGAACACAUCAAAGGUCCUAGACAAAAUUGGCGACAGUCUAAUGAACGAGAUAAAACAAAAGAUCGAAAUGGCCAACAAAUGCCACAAAAAAUUAGAAUUGAUUGAAUUAGGGAAAAAGUAUGCAGAAAGAAACGCUCAACCAAAUGCAUUUACUUUGAAGCAACUGAUCGAACGGUGGAAAGGAUUGGUGGAUGUGUUCAAUGUGACAUCGAUCGGUAUGAAAGUAUUCAGCGAAAUUGAACAAAAUGAUCAAAAUGUAGUUAUAUUCAAAUCAUUACUUCAAAAUUCAAUAAUUGCCAGACCAUCAUCAGCAGAAAUUGAUAGCCAUGCAUUUAACGAUAAGAUGUUGACCUCUUUUACACAGUUUGAGCGUGAAAUUCAAGUUCAAAUUUUGAAUGCGGUGCGCGAAUAUCGCAAAAGACUAACGAACAUCGUUGACGAUUUGAUCAAAGCAUUAGAAACGAAGCUUGACCUGACUGUUGAAUUUCAAGACAAGUUACAAUUGUUACAGCUUGGAAAGCAAUCUAUUGAAUCGGACGUAGAGAACAAUGAAAUGACAUUGAAACAGAUGACCGAACAACUGAGAAAGUUAUGCAUUGACUUUAACCUAACCACUAUUGAGCAAGUCGAACAGCUUGGAAUGGAUUUGAGCGAAUUGGAAUCAUGCAGCAAAGGGGGCAUUCCAAAUGGAUCUUCUACCCAGAUAGAAUUGAAUGAAAUAGUGGAUUACCAUUCAUUUGUAAGAAAAAUCAUUGAUUUUUUCGCCAACAGCGAAACCAAAACUCAAACUGAUAUCUCCAGCAAAGCUCAUGAAACAAUUGAACACAUUUCUGACAUUUUGACGAAAAUCGAUCGUGAACUACGUGACGCUUUGCAUCGACAACUUCAAUCAACCCAUGGCUUUCGAAUUAAAUUUGAACUUUUGAAACGUGGUGUAAAAUGCAUUGACUCUGCUGCAGAUAAUUUAACGUUAAGCAAAAGAUCUGAGCAAUUUAUGGCUUUGGUUCAUACAUUUGAAUUUACGUCGAUUUCUACCGAUGAACUGAGUCGCCUAGAGCAACGAGAAACAAAUUUAAAACAGCUCAAAUCCAUGGCCAAGGCUGAAAUCGUUAUACCAACUCGUGAUUGGUUGGAAAUGUCAUCUGGUGCAAUCAAAUAUCAAUCAUCGAAUUAUGAAUGGUAUUCAACAUUGGUCGAUGUGUACGAUUUCUUCGCCAGUUAUGAGGUGCAGAAGAAUACAGCCGCAUACAAUGUGGCCGAUCUGUCGGAUUGGAAACUGUUGAAUAAACCACAAGGAUUAACGAUUGAUGAGCAUAAUUUCAAUGAUUUCAUGAAUCGCAUCAAACGAAGCGCAAACUUUGAACCAUCGCCGAGCAAAAUCAGUGAGUUGAAUGAGAUUAUAAAUACAACUUUGAAAUCACUCACAGCCCAGUGCACGGAUGCAAAGUUGAUAAUCGAAGGAAAUUUCGUUAAAAGUUCCGAUAUAAACGAACAAUUGGGAAAGUGCCCAAAGCCAAAUGGAUUGGACGAAAUUGUUGUGUAUGUGGUCGACACAUUUCAUGUUGAUGGCCUCUUAGCUAUAGAAAACAGCAAAAAUGCAGUAUUGAAAAUAUUCGCAACAACAUGGAAUAUCCAACCAGGAUCCAUAAUUCAAAUGAAAGGAAUUGAUGGCGAACCACAUCCACCGCUAAGCAGUUAUGGAACGGCCGGAAAGCCAGGAAAUGUUGGCGUGAAUUCGGGCAACUUUUUCGGUUUUGCGCGUGACGUUAUCAAUGGUGAUUCAUUAACUGUUAAACUAGUGGGCGGAAAUGGUGGAAAUGGUCAGGACGGCACUGGGAGCGCAGAUACAUCGGUGAAAUUUGAGAAUAAACAUCAUAGCAUCACAAAAGAUUUCCGUUUCUAUAGCUGGGAUGAAUUUUUGAAAGAUAUACGUGACAUAAUUAAGGCAGAAAGUGGAGUUUCUGACAUUCGAUGCACUGGAAAAACAACCUGGAAAAGUGUUGAUAUAGGUGCUCGAAAAGGUGAGCAUAAGUUCGAUUUUCGACUGUUCCCGGACCAGUGUUGCGGUGUUACUGGUUAUGGAGGCAAAGGUGGCUUGGGUGGCUUGCCUGGUUCUUUUAGGUUUAUAAAAUCAGGAAAUACCAACUCUAACUCACCCAAACGACGAGUAAUUAACGGAGCAAAUGGCAGAAAUGGAGCGAAUGGAAGAGUUUGUAGAUCGAAUACUCUCGAUGUUCACACAACUUUAAUGAUUACCAUAAAUAUUUUCAACGUACAUUCAAACAUUGACUUUACGACUAAAUCUAUUGCCCAUCCCAACUGUCUAACUCCCCAAUUUGAUAGUAGUGACGAAAAGGCUCGACGGCCGAGUCCAACUAUCGAGCAUUUGGACAUUGCAUCGGAAAUCGUAGAGUAUAAACGCUUUCUUUCGGGAAAUAUGAAAAAUCCAACAUUUACAGAAAUCAUACAGAAAACAUUCGAUGCAAUCGAUUUAAAUUCUGAGAUAAACCAAACUAUGAUGCAACCAAAUUAUUGAUUCAAUCCUUUUCAGUUUAAUAAAUAUUAUUCUAAUACUAUACGAGUUUCGCUAUACUCAGCAGAUAAAUUCAUUCAAGAAACGACUUUGUUGGAACGACAAUUUCUCAUUUCGCUUCGCUCAGCAUCUUGCUAAUGCUGCGCGGCUUGAACAAAUUUACUGCGUUUAAUUUUGUGUUUUAAGAAUUCCAAAAACCAAAAAAUUAAAGAAAAAAUUAUCAAUGAGAAUCCUAAAUAUACCUUUUCAAAGUUCAAA